AUGACGCUUAUGCAGCCUUCUCCAAACGUGACAUUUGACGUCGUCGAGCGACGCAUCCAGACGCUUACAUCUAUUCUCCAGAACAUGAAUAGACGACAUCUCCCUACUACCUUGAGCGAGCGGAGUCAGAUCCCAGCUUUUCUGCGUCACUUGGCUACUCUCCUUGCCUGUGAUGACGCAGACGCUAUCGCUCUUACUGGUAGCUUGACCAAUGAAGAGUUACGGAUCUUGGUCGUGUCCCAAAAUCCUAGCAACUUGAACAUUUCCGGAUUUGGAGUGAAAGAGAUUUCAAAGUCAACCAGGACAGUGCACAUAGCCGACGUCUGGGCCGCCAUUGACUCAUAUGAUCCAAACAGCGUUAAGGGCCAAUACCAUUCCUUCUGCCUCUUCAUCGUCAGGCGCUGUUUCCGGAAGUUGUCCAAACGCGUAUUCCAAGACAAGGAAUGUUGGAAUGUAAGCGUGAGCCAGAAGAUUUUCGAGUGGAUUCCUCUCAGUAAAGAACUCGAUGACGUUCGGUGGAUAGAACGCCCGCAGUGGGCACUUCAUGCCCUCCCCCCCGAUGGACUUGACGGGAUGAGGGAGAGAACGAUACAGACGCAAGGGCGAGAUGUCAUUCAAUGGGAGUUCUCAACUGCCACCCUGCGAAGCUGGGCCUGGCUUCUCGCGACCAUGCUCCGGCAGCUGGAAUUAGCAACAAGCGCAACGAGGUCAGCGCGAAAGAACAAGGAGACUGAUAAAGAGACUCGAGGGCUAAGAAAUAUUCAUGCUUGGUGUUUCUGUCUGGAUGCGUACGUGCAUUGGAGGGAGGGUGUUGUCAAGACUCUUUUAACCAAGACCUCACUGGCACAUGCGUUCAGCCUCCGUGACGUAUCGAAUAUGGGCGGUGAUGAAGAACCUGAUGAACUUGCCGACAUGCGGACAGAGCCCGACGAAAGUGACGGGCAACAAGAAAGGGCCACUUUUGAGAUCAACUUGCCGACGAAAAUCAUGGGCAACAAGGUGAGUUUGGUUACCAUUAUUCUCUGCCAAAUUACACUGAAAAGGGCUGCUUUUGAGAUGAACUUGCUAACGAAAGUGAUGGGCAACAAGGUCCUUCGUCACCUAAAGGCCAUCGUCGCAUGGCACGUCGCCGCAACGAGUCUUCUGGAUGAAAGAUAUCGACGCGUCGCCCCAACUAUGCGUGUCGGCCUAGUAGAGAUUUCCCCGAGCCGGGAUUCCGAUCUGAUGACCGAUGAGGAGGUCAUUGACGAAUUCUUCCGUAGACGACCCGCUUCAUCGUCUGAAACCCGCAUCUCUAUUGAGAAUAUCAUUAGGGAAAACCACACAAAGAAGACGUUCACUGGUACCACUCAUGCAGAAGCGACGCUUAUGGGGCUUUUUACAUAUUUCUCUCCUGGUUUACCUUCCGUCAACCAUGGGGAUCAGAAAUAUGUUCUCCUUUCUCCCCGUGCACACAUUUGA